AAGAUAAAUGCGGAUUUGGAAGUAGUCGCGGGUACUACUGUCAAGCCCUGCGAAUACCCGAAACAGAUUCCGGAUGCAAUUAUCUCCUUCACCGCUUCAACCGUCAACGAAGCCUACCAGUUACUGUUUGACGCCGCUGUACAGAAGUCUGAGGUGCAGCCCAUUAUGCCCUAUGUUCGGAUACAAUACGUAAGUGGCUGCAGCAUUUUGCCCCACCCCGCGGCUUUUUGCAACGUUGUAUUUGCGCAAAAUCUUCCAGUUCGCACUUGA